UUUUGAUAAUAUAAAAAAGUAAAAAAUAGAAUAGACAUGAUCAGAAAUACUGACAAAGUAGAAAAAAAAAAAGUAAUAUCGAUGGUUUCGCCUUUUGAUUGCUUUUGACUGGCAGGCGGGGUGAAAGUUCAUACGGCUGAAAACAGGAGACACGUGCGGAGCAGGAGCACAUUUUUUAGGAUCGUGUCCCAACAGCUGCAGCCAUGGCUGCCAUCUACUCUGGUAUCCAUCUGAAACUCAGGAGUCCACAGACUCCAUGGGAGGAUAAGUUGAAGCUGGCGCGCUUUGCCUGGAUUUCCUCUCAAUGUCUGCUACCCAACAAAGAGCAGGUGUUGUUGGACUGGUGCAUCUAUGCCCUCACUCUCUGGCACAAUAAAAAGGCAGAGCUCUCGCUGGAUGUUUUGGAAGGCCUGUGGCACUACCUCGAUGACGUCCUCCACAGCCAGAAGCUCCAGACGUUCCUAAAGCAGGGAAAGACUGUCACUCUUAGGCUCAACUUUGCACAACUGCUUGUUGACCUUCUGUGUCCACAUGGCCAAGCACCGGUGUCCAUGUUCACCAUCCUCAGUGUGUGUCGGGGGAUGCUCUCUGCUCCUGUACUUGCAUCUGUUUUUACUACAAAGUAUGAACUUUUGGUCAAUCUGCUGUCCAAGUUGACCAUGUUGGCUUGCCACGAGAUGCAAAAAUCAAUGCCUAGUGACAGCAAGCUGGCAUGCACAACUCCUGCCCUAAACCAGCCAGAGUUUGAGUCUCACCUGUUGCCACAUGAAUUGAGGAAAUCUUCCCCUUCAGCUAAUUUAUUUGAAGUUUUGCUGCAGGUGCUUUCAUGUUAUUUGUCAGUGCAGCGACAGCAAGCUAACCCCAACAGAGUCUUCACUGUGGUUACCAACCAGCUCAUCCAGCCGUUGGUGCUGCUCAGGUACAUGCUAAACUCUCAGGACUCAAACCUGCGCCAGCCGCUGCGCAGAGACAUCCACCUCAAGAUCGACUCCAUCCUUCAAGUAGCUCUUUUCCCUAACGAGCACCUUGCCACAUACAAAAAGGAGCUUUUGUCAUCCAAAGAGGAUUCUGGGAAACGGUGUUCUGGAGCGACAAAAGGGCCUUUAAAACCAGUCAGUGCUGUGCUCUGCAAACUGAACGCCCGGGGUUACUGCGAGCCUUCUCUGUACUUCGCUGUGAAGUGUGACGCCCUGUCUCUGCUUUUUAAGUUUUUCCUGGAAAGCUAUGGAAAACAAAAGGGAGACACGGAUGAGGAACACAGGAUGCUUUGUUUUUAUUUCCUCACCAAACUGACCCCAGCUUUAGAUCUUCAUCCUGACGGAAACUCCUCUGAAACUGAGACGACCGCUGAAUCCUCCUGCAGCCCAGAGAACUGGAGCUUGGCUCUGAAGGCCUUGGAGUCCCUGCUCAGCCAGGUUCUCUCGGCUGACAUUUAUAAUGUGGCUGCUGACCGAAUCCGACAUGGAGAUGUUCAGCUCAACUUUUACAGAGGCGUGGCCCAAGUUCUCUAUACCCAGGCAAAGCCCAGCAUCCCUUCCUGGUACCGCUGUCUGGAGGUGCUUCUGAGUCUCAAUCAUCUGAUUCUUGAACCAGACUUGGACCAGGUGUUAUCUUUAGCUUGGGUAAACUCAGAUAAUAUGGAAGCUCAAGUGCAACAAGCCAGACAGCUCAUAGUAUGCAGUCUCCUCCAGACCUACACCAAGCUCCGUCAGCUGCCUCGUCUCUUCUCCGUGCUCCUGUCUGUGAUCUGUCAGCCGGCUCUGGAUGAGUGCAGACCCCUGCUGCUCCCUGGGGGCAUCACCACAUCCCUCAGGGCCUGUCUUCUGGAAACACCCCCUUCUCAGGUUGUAGAAAUCUGCUCCUCGGUGCUGGAAAACAUCAAGACAUGCAUAGCGCCUGGCCUGGUGAGGAAGGAGCAGGAGGCCGAGAAGAUGGAGGUUGAAGGAGCACAGGAAAGCCAAGAGCGAGAGGACUCUUCACUGAAACUCUCCUCUCUCAGUCUGCUGCUUCAUGUCGUUUUGUUUAGUCUAAAAACUCUUGACAAUGCCUCUCCUGUGCCUUUAAUUAGGAAAAGCCAAGCUCUGAUGGAGGAGAUGCAGCAGAUAAUCAAAGAGUUAGAACAUCUGCUGUCGGCAGAGAGAGCAACAUCUAAAUCAAACGCACAGUCGCUCCAAAAGGUUUCAAAGAAAGGCAAAAAGAGAGAGUCAGCGAGCACUUCAGCGACAAAAGUAGAAUUCCUCUGGAUGCAGAAAUCCCAGGAAGCAGCUCUCCUGCUCAGAUACACCUGGGUGGAAGUGGACACGCUUUUCCACAUCUACUGCAGCAAGUACACAUCUGUCGACCUAUCUGUGACGUCUCUUAUGAGCCAAACUGAAGCUUCUUCUAGUUCUCCAUUGCUGGCCCACAUGGAGACUCUAGUAUCAGGGUCUUUCCGGCUAUCAGUUCACCUUCCUUCCUGCUUGUGUUAUCUGCUGCUUAAACUCCUUGCCUUACAACAGAUGAAGAAAGUUUUGUUAGAUAACACUUUAUUCUCUGAGCCAAGCGCUGACGCCCUACUGAAGAAAGCAGUCCAGUUUGUUUUAUCUGAACUGCAGUUUGAGGUGAAGCCAGCAGAGGAGGCAGUUUGGGAUGGCCAGAUGGGCAGCGUGGAAGCCAAAACCUACCCUAUCGCACACUGGAAUCUUGUCACAUCCAACUUGCCUUUGAUUGCUCCCUACAUGAGCGGAGAUGAUGCCGCCCACAUUGCACAGAUCCUCGUCACUUCCACGCUCAGACAUAUGGAAGGACCCAAAGAUUUGCCUCCAGACUGCUUGACUUUGUCCCUCAUAUCUUCACAGCUUUUGCAGAGCUCAGUUCUCGCGGAGAUGAAAUCUCUGUUCUCUGCUGUGGUUUGGUUCCUCACACAGCGAAUUAUCGAUAUCCUCAAGGCAGGAACUACUCCAAAGGUUUGUCCUAAAGUUCUGAGGCUUCAUGAGAAACAGUCUGGAGGUAUCCCUUUGCAGAAAGAUGUUACACAGACUUUGUCCGCUCAAGAAUUGACAGGAGUCAUAGUUGAGGACGUUUUAGCCUCUUUUCAAACUGCUGAUGUGCUUGUGUUGCUGACAGAAGCUCAAACUAAAGAACUGAUGAGAUUGUUGCAAAUCUUCACAAACCUUAACCCAGACGGAAUGAGCUCUGAGGACCUUUCCUUGGUCUUUCUCCUCUUGUUCUUUAUUUUUGCUUCCACCUCUCAACAUCUGGACCGGAGGAAUGUGGACUCUUCUGAAUCUGAAUGGGGCAUUUGCCUCCUGGGGCAGUUGCUUAAGAUACUUGGUUGUCUCGUGGAGAGUAAAAACUUUCGAGGGGUUUUGAAGCUCAUCCAUGGCAGUACCCUGCUUCAGAUUGCUGUUUCCGCUCUCCUGUGGCAUAGCAACAGUGUAAAGCCUUGUGUCUCAGGAAGCUCUCACUGGCUGGAUGUUGUCAAAGCAGCGCAAGACUUCAUCAGAUCGUUUGUCAAUUUGAUUAUCGUUAGAAACAACAGUGUUAGACUCAACUUGGACAAGUUUGCUUCCUUUCUUACCGCUAAGGAAGUGGCAAUUAGGCAAGUCGCCCAAUCUAGUUCUGGAGCGUCUGUUCAAUUUCUGUUGGCCGCCCUGACUUCCUUCUCCCAGGCAAUGAUCACCAACUUAGGAAGAAACCAGCCAAUGGAUCAAACUUUAACUCAAGUUCUCACACGUGUUACCGCUUCCCUGGCACCAGCUGUGGAGUUGGUCCUGAAGCCGCACUCUGCCAGUCAGUCAACCAGAACUCUCAGUCAAGCCUUUCUGGUGGACGUUGUUACCGUCAUGCUGCGCUGUGACCUGGCCACGUUAUCGGGGGAGGAUCAGAGUGGGACUCAACUCAUUCUCUCUCAUAUGACUCUUUAUAAGAGCUUCUGCCAGCAAAUAUUUAGAGAGAUGAGCUCUGCCUCAAGGCCAAUGGACUUCCUGGUUUCCUCUCUGUGCUUCUUGGCUUCAUUUUAUGCAGCAGUGGAGAAGAUGAGCAGAGGCCGGGAGCAAGGAGAGGCCAAUGAUGAAGCAGAGCUGGACAAGCUGUACAGCCAAAUACUGCAGGCCGUGCACAAGCUGCUCACAGCUCCCUGGCUGUCACCUGCCGGUGUCGUGGAUCUGGAGCCCACAGUACAGGAGCUGUUAAGCCAUCUGGUUGAGAGAAGUACCACACGUCAAUUCAACCUGCUUCUACUCAUGGUUAAAGAAGGGCUGGAUAUCUGCAACCUAAGGGCAGGAAACUACAGGGAGGUGCUCUCUGCAGUCAUCACAAUUAAACUGCUGUCCGGCUGUCAGCUACCUGAGAGCUGCUCCAGAGCGCUGUGGCUCAUAGCGCCUCAGAUCAUCUCUGCUAUGGUGUUCUUGGUCAGAUCAUCCAGUCAGGAUGUCUCCUUGACUCUUCCCUUCACUGUUCCCACGGUAACAUCACUGACCUCACUGCUGCGCUGUGGAGAGGGCUUCAUUACCAACGCUCACCAUGUGGUUUUGGCUCUCGGAGCCCUCCAGUCGCUGCCCUUAGAGCACCUGAAGCCGUCUGUGUACCACGCCAUGUUCCUGGCUGUUCACGAGGCGCUCUUCGCCAUCCUCCAGUGUCAUCCUCAGGUGAUGCUGAAAGCGGCUCCAUCCUUCUUAAGCGUCUUCUAUCGUCUGGUGGCCUCUAUCGUGCAGGAAGGGAGGCAGAGAGGAGACACCGACACAGGCGCAGAGACUGAUGUGUACUUGGAGUGCUCCAUCCUGACAGAGAGGAUGUACUCUCACAUAGCAGCUGCAGCAGACAGCUUCACCACGCUGUCGGCCUUCAUGGUGGCUCAGUACGUCACAGAGCGGCAGAAGGUCACUCUGCGAUCAGACAUCAAGACGCAUCUGACAGAGGGCAUCUACUGCAUACUGGACUUGUGCAAAGAGCAGGAUAUAAGGUUUCUGAAGGCCGGGCUGCACACCGGAGUCAGAGAGGUGUUCAAUGAGUUGUACAGCAACUACACCCACUACCACAAAACGCAGAGGCAAGGAGAGGACAAGUACACUGUGUGAUACAGUAAAACGUCUAGCAUAGCUUUAAAAAAAGAACCCAUGCAUUUUUUUUACUCACCUUUUUGUUAAUCACAUCCAUUAAUUAGUAUUUAAGAUAUUAAUAAGAACUUUUUUAUUUGUAAAUGACCUGAAGAGGAAUAUAACUCGACUUGUUGGCUAGUCCUGAAUGAAACAGUUUGGAAAUGGUCGGUUCUGUAGAUAAAGAGUGAACGGUUGAAUAAGAACACAAACGAUAAACCAAAAAGACUCUGCACACUCUGGAUUCUAUCCCUGAGUUUAAAGAGUGACUUUUUACAAGUUUAUUUGCUGAAUUCUGCAUAAAGAACAUUUAAUUUCCCUCUUUUAAAGGAAAAUUAUUUCCAUGCUUCCCAAAUGUCAUUGCUUUUUGUUUUAAUAUUCCAUGACUUUUGUUCCAUAAUUACUUCAGACUUUAUGGAGAAAAUAAAAAUGCAGUCCACACCUGGAUGGGCAGAUUGUUCAACCUGUAAAA